GCGUGCUGUGAGAAGUAUGGCCAGCCCUAUAGGACCAGCCAGCCAUGUAAGAAUGGAUGUAGACCUGGACAAAGUGUACGGGACUAUCUAUGGACAGUGUACAGGAGACGCCAUCGGUCUGCUGACAGAGUUCAUGGAUAAGAGAAAGGCUCACCAAUACUACCGGCGGCCGCUAGAGUAUGACAUGAAGGCUUCAGACAGACACCGUAACAGCUGGAUAACCGGGGACUGGACUGACGACAGCGAUCAGAUGAUUCUCAUCAUGCAGGCACUUACCCGUGCACGGGGCAAGGCUGCGCGGGAGGUUUGGGAGAGUACAGGUCAGGCAGCGGCCCCCAACGGAGCGGUGAUGAGGACGUCCAUCCUUGGGGUACACCAGUUCUGGGACCUGGACUCUGUCGCGGAGAACGCCAAACUCUUCUGCCAAACAACACAUGCAGAUCCAAGGUGUGUUGCUUCCUGCGUUGCUGUCACCACUGCCAUUGCCCAGAUGUUGCAGGGUGAGACAGAUGUGGAAAACAUCAUUCACAAUAGUUUCAGACAUGCAUCGGCAUACUUGGACCACAAAAAGCAAGUGGAUGAGCUACGAUGGUACAUGGACCCCAGACAGUUACAGGAACUCCAGCUGGAUGCCCCAGGUGUGAUCGGCUACACGUACAAGACUCUGAGCGCCGGGUUCUGGGCACUACGGCAGGACGACUUCCGCACAACUAUAGAGAGGAUCACCAUGGAGGCAGGUGAUGCAGACACGAAUGCUGCCGUGGCAGGAGCCUUGCUGGGCUGUAAACUGGGCAAGAAGAGUCUACCUGAGUCUUGGCUUAAGAUGCCGCACAAGAAUUGGCUGGACAGGCAGAUCAAUAAGUAA